AUGAAUGACACAAUGUCAGCGUCCACCUCAUCUACGUCGAGAGACACCGAAGGAAGUCAUUCCACGGGGUCUGCCUCCUGGCAUUUCUCAUGGCACCGUAUUCUUCCACUGCUGAAGCGCCACGACCAUGAGGUCGAGUCAGAUGAAGAACCUGCCGAAUACCCACCCGGAAGCCAGAACCAACAGCGACGACGGCCAUCCCGGGAUGCGCGCAAAGAGGCAGCUGCUUCCAGCCACAUUUCUUCCCGAACGGGCUCGUCCCUACCGUCGCAACCGGCGCAAGAAGAGUCGUCGACGCGGCCGCGGCGGUUCAGCCCGGUGGAAGAAUCACCAGAAACAAAACAUCGAUAUGGCGAUUUACCACUCGUUCAAAGCCAGGAUAUCCAGAAGCAUACGAUGAAAACGAAUCUGAUUCCACUGCAUUGCAUCGCAGAGGAUCUGAUUGAGCACAGCAUCGCGUUCCGAGCCCGCGUGCAUACCGUUCGUCGAAUGAGUGCAAAUCUCUUAUUCCUGCUGUUCAGAAGAGAGAUCACCACGGUCCAGGGCGUGCUGUCGACCACGCCCGGGGUUUGUUCAGCGCAGAUGGUCGAGUGGGCAAGACACCUCAGCAAGGGGACCAUUGUCGAAGUGCAUGGCGUUGUGUGCCAGCCCCAGCAUCCCAUCACCGGGGCAACGUUUCCCACGAUGGAGGUCUGUGUGGAGAGGCUCUAUGCAGUGAUUCGAUGCGAGGAGAAUAUCCCGUUCAGUGUGUAUGAAGCCGAGCUGUGUCCCGAGGAGCUGAGAGGUGCUCGCGAUCACUGUCCAGUGAUCCCAGAUCAUACUCGGCUGCAGAAUCGCAUCCUGGAUCUCCGCACGCAGACGUCGCAAUCUAUCUUUCGCAUCCAGGCGGCUAUCUGCAAGCUAUUCCGGGAGUGCCUGGACCGGCAGGGGUUCCUUGAAAUCCAUACGCCGAAAUUGCAGAGUACGGCAACAGAGUCCCGGGCGAGUGUGUUCGGCGUGCAAUAUUUUGACCGUACUGCAUAUCUUGCGCAGAGUUCACAGCUUGCGAAACAGAUGGCCAUCGCAGCAGACUUUGACCGCGUGUAUGAGAUUGGCGCAGCGUUUCGUGCUGAAAAUGCCAACACCGCUGGACAUCUUACAGAGUACACUGGCCUGGAUAUCGAGAUGACUAUUGACCAUAACUAUCACGAGAUGCUGGAAAUCUUGGACUCGGUCUUGAAGAAUAUCUUUGCCGGUAUCUACCAGGACUAUCGUCGGGAAUUAGGUCUCGUUAAAACGCAGUUCCUCUGCAAGGAUCUGGUCUGGCUAGAUCGCACGCCUAUCCUCCAGUAUAAAGACGCCAUACGUCUUCUCAAUGACUCCGGCUGGUUGAAUGAGGAUAGAGCGCCUCUAUCAGAUGAUGAAGGUCUCUGUGUCCGAGAUGAAUUGCGCCUCGGAGAGCUGGUAAAAAGCCGUUACGGAACCGAUUACUACAUCCUGGACAGAUUCCCGAAAUCAGCGCGCCCAUUCUACACAAUGCCCAGUCCUCUGAAUCCCGAAUUCACGAAUUCCUUCGAUAUGUUUGUUCGAGGGCAGGAGAUUGCCUCAGGCGGGCAACGCAUCCAUGACUUCCAGAUGCUGAAACAGAGCCUGCAAGCCGCAGGUAUUCAAGAAGUAGACCUGGAAGAGUACAUGCAGGGGCUGAGAUUGGCAGCUUCACCGCACGCCGGUGCCGGAAUUGGCCUGGAGAGGCUUCUCAUGCUCGUCCUUGAUCUGAAAGACAUUCGACUCGCCUCACUCUUCCAUCGUGAUUCAAAAAGCUUUCCAGCGACGCCUUCGCGGGCUGAGCUCCGCCACCCUGGAGCGUCCACUCUGCGGCUCGCUGGACCGAAGAAAGAGGCACUGGAAACGGCACUGCCACUUCCGGCGUUGGAAGACCUUGUUGCAAACUAUGGCGACGCAGCCUCGACAUCCUGGUCCGAGGCUCGAUACCAGAUCUGGAGAGAUCCGGCCACGGGAGCUGCCAUUUCCUAUGUGCCGCUAAACGGCCGGGUGAUCAUCCCUGGAAAUCCGCUAUGUGACCCGGGCCAAAGCGAGGACACUAUUCAAAGCUUCUUGGUCUGGUUGAACCGUCAUCAUACGAAGCGCAAACCGAUCUGGAUGCUUAUCUCUGGGCAGGUCGAAGCCUUCCUAUGUGACAAGCUGGGGUGGUCAAGCUUCUCCUGCGUGGCCGAAGACCGCAUUACGCCGGCUGCCAACUCGGCUGCCUCGAUGCACCGGGAUCUGGCGCGGAAGCUGCAGCAUGUCAAACACGAGGGAGUCAGGGUCAUCAGUCUCCCCCAGGGCCAGAGUCCCGACGACGACACACGAGGUCGAAUCGACCGACGGAUCCAAGACUGGUUGCAGACCAGCAGUCACGGAGACCAAAUGCAUCUAUCGCGAAUCGAUCCCUGGCGCGAUCCGUCGCACCGGUGGUAUUUUUACGCGGUCGAUAGACAGGGCGUUGUCUGUGCGUUUGUUGGACUUGCAAUGCUCGCAACAUGGAAUGGCUGGCAAAUCAAGUACAGCUGGGACUUCCCCGACAGUCCGUCCGGGGCCAUUGAAUGGGUCAUCAACCAUGCUAUUCAGACCGCAGCCUCCAAGGUCGGGGGGAAGUCUUUCACUUUCGGGCCGGGGGCUACCGCCAGGUUGAGACCGGGCCAUGUCGCAAAGGGGAACAACAUCACUGCCCUCGAGCACACGUACCAGGCAGUGGUUGCACAGUUUCACCUUACUCGGAAAAGCGAGUUUCGAUUCAAACUUGGCGCAUCGGAAGAUCCGCUGUGGAUUGCAUAUCCCCGCGGAGCCCUUGGGUCUCGAGGCAUUCGGGCUAUUCUGGAGUUUUUCAAAGAGUAG